GUUUAUACAAAUGUUAUGGUCUUGGCCCUGAUUUACUAACAAGGCUUUCAACCUACAGCCAUGGAAACUGUUACAAUAGCAACGCGGUGUGCUGUGACAACCCGGGAACACGUUGCACUAUUGGCAGCCUCUGUGGUGUGUGCAACCCGGGGCAGACUUGUGGCGAUAAUGGGGUUUGUCUUGGGAAUAACCCAACUACAACAACCCGGAUCCCCUUUCUACUGUACCAGCCACAGCAAUGAACAUUACAAGCAAAUUGCCAAUAUCUUCAUCUGGGAUUUUUAUAUCCUCGACCUCCCCGUCACCUAGUAUGUCCAGGUCUAUAUCUGUAUCUUCAUCUAUAUCUACUGUACUACGAGCCCUAUUAUAUCUUCAGUGUUGCCACAGAGUCAUCCACAAAGCUCCUCGUCGGCAACCGCACCUUCUAGUUUGACA